CCGGACGAACGCGAAGCCAGGGGCGGAACCAGUGGCGCGGUCGGCAGAGGCUGGGGCCAGCACGGCACGGCACGGCCCCUCACCGUCGCCACCAUUCCUGGACGACGCGCGGUGCGGCGGAAGAUGACGAUGGACGUGAAGGCCGAGGCGCAGGCCGGGGCCGGGCCGCAGAAGUGCGCCGGCUGCGGGAAGACCAUCACGGAGAGGUAUCUGCUAAAAGCACUUGACAUGUUCUGGCACGAGGACUGCCUCAAGUGCGGCUGCUGCGACUGCCGGCUGGGUGAAGUGGGCUCCACCCUCUACAUCAAGGCCAACCUCAUCCUCUGCAAGCGGGACUACCUCAGGCUGUUUGGCAGCACGGGCUGCUGCGCGGCGUGCUCCAAGGUGAUCCCGGCCUUCGAGAUGGUGAUGCGGGCCCGGCACAACGUGUACCACCUGGAGUGCUUCGCUUGCCAGCAGUGCGGACACAGGUUCUGCGUCGGCGACCGGUUCUACCUCUGCGAGAACAAGAUCCUCUGCGAGUACGACUACGAGGAGCGGAUGGUGUUCGCCAACAUGGCGUACAACCCGCCGCCCAUCACGCACCUCAAGCGGCAGACCAGCCUGCCGCAGCAGCCCGGGAUGGCGGGCUUGGGCGCUUCCAUGACGCAGUGCCCUCCAGACAUGGGGUCACCAGAUCGACGCGGCGUGCCUCCGAUGCAGCAGCAGCAACAACAACAGCAACAACAACAACAACAACAACAACAACAACAGGGCAACGGGGCGGGCUCAACGGCGGCCUCGUCCUCCGCCUCCAGCAACGGCUUCCACCAGGUGGACGGCCUCGGCGCCGCCAUGGGCCAGGGCAUGGCGCAGGGCAUGGCGCAGGGCAUGGCGCAGGGCCUCGGACAGGGGCUCGGCUCCAAGUGAGGGCGGCGGGGCGGCAGGGCGGCGAGGCGCGGGCCGCCCUCUGCGUUCGACCUGCUGUGAGACCUCGGCCUCAACCACGGGGCACUCUCGGCCUCGACGCCGUCUCGGCCCUGCGUUGCAAUGCUGUUGUCCUUGUCGAGUUGAACCAGGCGGGUCACAGCACUUUUUGCCUAGGUUCUGGGACAAAGUGUUCGGGUUUGUUCUACCUGCUAGGUGGUUAUCUAGGGAAAGGAGAAUUUGGGGAGGUGGGGAUGAGAAUUGUCAUUUCGCCCCCUUCUCUGGGUCCGUGCUUCAGCAGACCUGGGUCUGGUUCUCUGAGACGAGUCAUCGGGCUGUGCUGUGCGGCAUCGUGCGAGUGACUGCAAACCAAUGGUGCCAAAAAAAUAUGUGAAUCAGUACAAAUUGUUGGGGAGCAUUUAACAGUAUUACUUACAUGUUAUAGUCUUAUAGAUCUCAACGAAUCCUAAUUUAUAGAUGCAAAGUUUAUGAAGUUUUGUUAAAUUUGUUUUCCUCCGCGCAGUGUGAUAGUCAAACAGAAAAGUGUAGCUGUCAAAUAAAACAUGAUUAUUUGAACAAUA